CGCCUCAAAAACUUUUCUCUCUCUAAAAAAUAACCCACACCCGCCUCAUCCAAAAACCUGUUUCCCCGUUUCCACCAAAUUUUGAACGCUCCCGCCUUCCUCUCUCUCUCUCUCUCUCUCUCUCUCUCUCUUCACAUAAACCCCCACACCAUCUUUUAUACUCCAACUGUUUGUUAAUGUGAAACCCCCUCUCUCUCUACUUUGCUCUUCUUCUCUGUUCCUCCUCAGAUCUGGUUCUCUGAGCUUCUCUCUCUUACCCGACUGUGUUUCUCUCUCUAAAUGGGUAAGGAAAGUAGGAGGAAAGCUGCGAAAUUUGGGACGGGAAAGGUGACUCCAGUGCAGGUGGCCUUCAUAGUGGACAAGUACCUAACCGAUAACCGCUACACUCAAACUCAAUUAGCUUUCAGAUCUGAAGCUGCAGCUCUAAUGCCCACAACACAGAGCAGAGAGGUUCCAAAGAGUUUGUUAGGUUUGGCGGAUAUAUUGAAUGAGUACAUAGAGAUGAAAGAGCAGAAGAUUGCUGUAGAGCAGGAGAAAUGCAGGGUUGAGAAACUUUUGCAUGGUAUGCAAGAUGUAAUUAGUGCUUACCAGUUCAUUGGUGCUGUUCCAUCUCAAGCUUCACAGAUGCCUCAUUCCUUUCAUUCUACUGUGGAAUCUCAAGUUGGGGUUGCUUCAGGUGUCCUUACAACAAUGCUAACCCCUUCCGUUCCAUCAAAUAUUCCAAAGCCUGCAAUUAAAGCCUCAGAUGCCAACAAGAGGAAGGCUUCAAAAUCUCUCUCAGGUCCAUCGACAACCAAAAAAGCUUGCACCAAAUCCCCUUCUAACAGAUCAGAAAACCCAUCUUCUCUCUCUAAUCAGGAGGUUAAUGGUCAGUCUAAGUUUCAAACACCCCCUUACAAUUGUCCCCUUAGAGAUGGCGUUUUAGAGAGAGAAACAUCUGUUUCUAGGAAUUUGUUCAGUCAAUCCCCUCUACCACAAAAUGAGUCAGCUUGUCCUCCAACACCACCACAGCCAUUUCCAAACCAUGUUGAUAUUGCUAAUUCACCACUGGAGACCCCUUCCACUAUAAAUUCCACUAACCCACCAUUAGAGACCUCUUCAACUGUAAAUUCCACUAAUCCACCAUCAACCACACCAAUUUACAACACCCCAGUUGGUGUCGAACCUGAUGGAAACCAUGGCCAAAGCUUGAACCAUAAGGUGGAAGGAAUUCAUAAUGUUGCGCAAUCACCUGGGAAAUUAUACCGCAAGAGUACAGGCAAGAGAGAGAACAUUAAAAGCAGGCUGGAUUUUGAUGGUUUGGUGGAGAGAGAAAACUCAGCAAAGAAUGCGGUUAAUGGGCCUUCUGACGAUGAUACAAAAUCGGGAGAAGAUUUAGACAUGAGUGAUAUUCUGGACUUUGAUGCUGUUCUAUUUGAGAACGAUUUCUCUUUGUCAGAACUUUUACAAGAUGUUGAGCUCCAUGAGUUGGAUUUCCUUGGCCGUCCUUCUCAUCAAGCAACUCAUUUUAUGACAAGUUCACUUUCUACCUCCAAAAGUGACCCUUUAGAUGCAAAUCUGGUCUCAUCUGGCUUUCCUUCGACAAAUGAAUGUGGAGUUCUUUCAGAGAUCAACAUGAAUAGGCAAGGUCAGGGAGCUUUGAAAUCAUCAAAUUCAAUGGGAACUGGCACCAAAAUUGCAACUAGAGGUAGAAAGGAUAAGAGGCAUUCUGCAGGAUUGGAGAACAUGCCAAUCCUAUAACUUCGGGCUCUUUGUUGUUGGGUCCUAACCUGAUUCAUGCCAAUCCUAUAACUUUGGG